AUGCUUUGUGGCGUAUUGCUGGGCGCCUCUGUCCCGCCGGAGCUGUUGGCGCGCAUCCGCACCAUCACGCUGGACCUGCCAGCGGUGGAGGGACUCCCGGAAUGCGCCGUGUCGACGGCCGGAGUCCCGCCGGAGAAGGUCGAGCUCAAGAAGGUGUUCGGACGGUCGCCGUUCGCCGGCAUUGUCGCAGAGAACUGGUUGGUUCUGCCAGUCGCCGGCGAACACCGGGUGAUAAAUGCAGCAUGCGACGGACACCAGAUGCUAAUCGCCGCAUCGCGUAGGGCCGGCGUCGAGGUGCCGAGGGCCGGCGGCGACGGGUCGUUCCGCGGGGAGGACGUCGCGGCGGCAGUGCGGCGGGUGAUGGUGGAGGAGGAAGGCCAGGAGCUCGCGCGCAAUGCCAUGGAGCUGACGUAG